AUGAAACAUAGCUACGCUGAGCAGUGUCGGAUAUUGGUCCAAAACGGGGGGUGUUUACUGAAACAAGCCGAAUGGGUUGAGCCUGAAUUUGAACGUCACAAAUGGACUACAGUAAGUUUAUUGGUACCAAUAACUGAAGAAGACGGAGAUCUGUUUCUGGCGUUGGAGGCGUGCGCGGAGAGACUCGCGGGCGAGUAUCAAUGGAGACACUUCCUUGCGGACGAGGUAGGCCCGUUACCGGAUGCGAGCGUUAAACCCUGUUGUUCAUCCGGCAGCGCGGAUGAUUGCGGCGCGAUGAGUACUGCGACAUCCUCCACGCUGACAAGUCAGAACGAAGUUCCUGCUCAGAUGGCCUCCGUUCCUGAUGAGAUCGACACCAUUCCCGCUGAAAUAGCCACAAUUCCCGAUGAGUGGGACAAAAUCAGCGAUGAGGUUGACAAUAUCUUCGACGAGGAGGAGGAGGAGGAGGACACAAUCUCCAAUGGGGAGCACACAAUCUCCGAUGAGGAGAAGUCUGGUUCACCGCCACGACUAUUUAGGUGCCUGUGCUGGUCCGUCGCGCUUUUUAUGGACUGCCGAAUGCUCCACCGGAUCAUGUAUCAGAUGAUCAAUGGGCCGUACGACCCAUUGGACACUAGGUACGCACCGAACCCCUUCAUCAACCAGACGGAAAGUUCUGGUUGCCGUGAGCCAAUUUGGCACCAGAACAUGCCGACUGUCGGGCUCGACCAUCGCUGUCUGGACCCCGUUGUCGAGUUCCGUCAGCUUGACUCGUACUCAGUUGAUGGAAUGCAGACCACCAGCGGGUCCAACAGGUGGCCAGAUACCGAUGACAGCUGGUUGCAUAAGGACGACAGGUGGCCAGAGACCAACAGUCGGCCAGCAGUUUCGGACGGUCAUAUAUCCCGCCCUUGGACGUGUAACCCCCAUCUACCCGUCUCACUUCUCGACCCGGAAUCCCGGCAGUUGGCGCCCGUCCAUUCUGUGUGCAGAAUUGACUGGUGCCAAGCGGGGUGGUGGUGCCGAACUGAGUGGACUGGCCUUGGGGAUGAUGAGCUCGCGGUUACGGCAGUGCUGGAUGUUUCAGAACCGCUUGGUGACAGUGAAACCGAGGAGGCUGAGGCUCUGGACCCCCCAGUUGCGGAAGGACUUAGAGCCGCUGACGACGAUCGCCGACACGUGGCAGGACCGCUGGACGAGGACCUGGACAUCGCCGGACCGCCUUCGCUGACUGGAGUACCAGACCCAAGUGGAGGGCCCAAGUCGAGGUCAGAACCAACGUCAGAGUCGGAGCCUGGCGAGGUGGCAUGUCGGGACCUGGCCGACCCAUCUGUGAUGGAGGAGCGUUCUAUGGUCGAGGAGGGCUCUAUGAUCGAGGAGGGCUAUGUGGCCGAAGACCAGGUGAUGGGCUUUGAAGGGCCACCGGAGGAAUACGGGGAGGAUCAGGUGGAGCAUGCAAAAGAAGGCAUGGAGCUCAUUGAGUACGAAGGCGGAAUUCAUGAGGACAAUCUUCGGGAGAAGAGUUCUCACAAAAACGGGCUGGAAGGAGACGAACUUGUGGGCAACGAAACCAAGAGCAAGGGAACCGACGGACUUGAGGACAGUGAUCCUGCUGAGAACGCAUAUGAUGACUGGCCGGUACCGCAGGCGAUUUUACCUCUUUGUGUGGAGGACCGGAUUCCGAUCGACCCACUUUAUCUCCUGGAGGACCAAGGGGCAGUCUCGAAGGAAGCAUCGUCGGAGGAAGCAUCGUCGGAGAAAGCACCGUCGGAGAAAGCACCGUCGGAGGAAACAUGGCCUCUUCUCGGUGAGGCAUUGUUUCAGGACCCCGGUGAGGGACCGCAGCAGGACAUGGGGCCGGAGAUGGAAGGUGAGGGGUUGGGCGGAUAUCUUGAGGUAGCUACGCAGACCGGUCAACCUCAGGAGUCGGAUCAGCGUGAAGACUCAGAUGAGGAGUUGAACUUAGGAAUGGCGGACCCGCUCCAGGCCGGGGAUGCUACGCAGACCGGGGACGUCGUCGAGCUGAUACAUGUGGCCGCUCCUCUUGCUGAAGUGUAUGGUGUUGAUUGUUGUGGCGAAGUUGAAGCUUGUUCUGGUGAAGCUGGUGAAGGUGAGGAGAUGGCUCAAGAGGCCCGUCCUCCCGAAGAGAUCUUCGCGGCGGAAGUCGUGGAAACUCCAGCGUCGUGUCGCGGAUCGGACCUCAGUACUUGUUCCGGCGACUGGCCCCGGGAAGGCCUGGGGUGGUUGGAAUCUUGGUUGGAAGGGUGGGUGGAGUUAGCGCGAACGGCUAAGGGCGCGGGGGCUCAGUCCUCAGAGCCAGACUUGGGUGCGUUGGGUGUUGUAGCGAGUCUCUUGUACGUGGUCGCCGGCGCCGUUUGGCCGUCGAUAGGUCCUCUAACGUUUUUCAGCUAA